AUGCUCUCUAGAGCUGGAAUUAGGCACUCCCGUGCAAUCACGCAGUCUCCAAUCCUCAGAUCUGCGCAAUCGCAACGACAGUUUUCUUCCCUAAACCCAGCAAGGAAUUUCCAGCUUCGAUCGAGUUUAAUUGGCGGAAAUGGCAGUGCAUUGAAUGCCAUACGGACUGCGCGGAGUUCAGGAGCGAUCAAGAUUUCUCCCCGAUUUGCAUCCACCGCAGCAACGCCUUCCGCUAUAGACACUGCCACAGGCGAAUCUACAACCAACACGGUACCUGAAACGAUCACAUCCGGAUCCGAUGCGCUUUCAGGCGGUAGCUUGACGGAUAUCGACCUCUCGCUCAUCCCUGAGAAGAUCGGGUACCUUAAAGAACUUGGCUUGGAUUAUGGAUGGGGUCCCUCCUCGAUGGUCCAGUUUCUGCUUGAGACACUGCAUAUAACAGGCGGCUUGCCAUGGUGGGGUGCAACCGUAGCUGCAGCUGUAUUGAUUCGAGUUGCACUAUUCAAGUCAAUCCUAUCCGCUUCUGAAGUAUCUGGGAAACUUCACGCAAUAAAACCACUUGCUACGCCAAUUCGAGAACGUAUGUUGCAUUGCGCGCGUGAGAAUGACAAUGUUGGGGCAUUAAAGGCGAAGCAAGAGCUUUCUGCCCUCAAUGAGCAACACGGAGUGAAGCCCUGGAAGGCCUUUGUACCUCUUAUCCAAGUACCACUUGGUUUUGGAUGUUUCAGAGUUCUCCGAGGGAUGUCUGCUCUGCCUGUCCCAGGAUUGGAUAGUGAAAGCGUCCUAUGGCUACAUAGCGUUACCAUGUCUGACCCUUUCUACGCUCUUCCGGUAGCAACUAGUGCUAUGAUGUUUUUAGCUCUCAAGCGCGGAGGUGAUGCCGGUACAUCCAACUUGACCAAUUCUCCUCUAGGAAAAGCUAUGUUAUAUGGUCUUCCUGCUAUUACUAUGGCCACCAUGAGUUUCUGGCCCGGUAUUCUGCAACUCUACUUUCUCACUACUGGUUUCCUCUCCAUGUGCCAGGCCUAUCUGAUGACCUCCCCUCGAUUCCGCAAACUCGUCGGUCUUGGGCCUCUUCCUUCAAAUAAACCCGCCUCACAAGACUCGUUCACACCUGCUCCAAGCCGAAUCCGAACCAUCUCAACAACAGCUACACCAGAGCCAAAGCCCGAGGUGUAUACACCACCCCAAAAUGUCAGCUUUAUUGACCGAGCGAUGGAAGGAGUCAAGACUGCUUAUAAAGAUACCGUUAAAGAUGCACAAGAUAAAAUGGAGGGACUGACUGGCGGAAAGGAGGAAAUUGACUCGACUGGUCGUAUGCCACGACUUAACAAGAAGGAACUCGAAAACGCCAAAGCGUACGAAGAACGGCGCAAGGCGGAACUUAGAGCCGAGCGCGAGCUAAAAAACCAACAACUUAGAGCCAAGUAUAUGCGGAAAGCAGAGCAAAGGGAAUAA